AGAAUUGCAUAAUCCUAAGCUUUCGUCAGGGAGGAGGGGCCAAACUGGGAGAGAGACAAGCAGAGGGACUUUCUCGAAAGUUUACUAUGAUACUCGGUAGGUCUCUCAAGAGACGGGAUCAAGGACAGAAAUAGCUUGGCGGGGGAUCAGAUAUGGAGGUAGUAGAGAAGGUCCUGAGUGUGGCCCACAUCAUCUAUGCCCAGUGCGAACACGUGAAGUGCUGUAAACACCAGUGCCACCGUCUUGUGUACCGCGUUCGCAUCCUGCUGAGGCCUGUGGAGGUCCUCAGGGCACAGCCUCCAAAACAAAUCUCCUCCCAGGUAGAAGAGACGCUGCAGCAGCUGCUGGAGACCUUGGAGAAGGCCCAGGAGCUGGUGAAGAAGUACAGCCAGACGAACUGGCUGCAGAAGUUCCUGAAAGCCAGCGAUGUCAUGGAAGAGUUUGCACGGGUGAACGAGCGCCUUGGGGAUGCUGCUCAAGGGCUCUCACUCCUGCUGCAGGCUGAGCAUAAACAGUCCUUCCUCGAGACCUUUCAGCGAGACACCUGCAGCAGGGAGGACAGCCAGGACACCAAGGAUGACAAAGCCCUCUGGGAGGAGCUGCUCACAAGAAGUACAGUGACUAAAGAUGCAGUGGAUAACGUCCACAAUGAUGUCAGACAUGUGGGAACAAAGGUGGAGGAUGUGGGAAGCAGGGUGGAAGAAGUUCGCCAAAUGAUGCAAAAGUUGCAGGAUGCAGUCAUGAAAAAGGACAAUGCUAUUCCAAGAGAGGAAAUCACUGAGAUUAGGAUGGAGGAUCUCACUAAAACCUCAUGGACCUUCCUGAUGGACUCCAAAAGCCACACGCUCUACAAAGGAGAAUUCUACAAGUACCCUGUUGCCAUCAAAGUCUUCAAAAACCCUGUGAUCACCUCCACUGAGAAGGUGAGGGAGAUUUUCAGGAAGGAGAUUGAAACCAUGAAGAAGUUUGAGUCUCCGAACAUCCUUCGUAUGUACGGUAUCUGCAUCGACGAGAGAGGUUCGAGCCCUUGUUUCUCCAUUGUCAUGGAGUACUGUGAAAAGGGGACCCUGCGGGAUGUGCUGACAAGGAAACCCCAGCUCCCCUGGGAGACUCGCAUUCGGAUGGCACUAGAUGCGGCCAGAGGCCUAUACAGGUUGCACCAGACGGGGGAGAAGUCUAAAUUGCAUGGAUGCAUCAAUAGUACCAAGUUCCUAGUUGCUAAAGGUUACUGUGUGAAGCUGUCAGGAUUUGAACUGAGUAAAACUGAGUCAUCCAUUAAGAGGAGCUGCAAGAAGAAAGUGACAGAUGUCCCUGCUUCGGCUUACAUCUCUCCCCUGGGCCUAGCUUCCCUGUGCCACAAGUAUGACAUGCCCAGUGAAAUAUACAGCUUCGGGAUCGUCCUGUGGGAGAUUGCGACCAGCAAAAUUCCAUUUGAAGGCUGCAGCUCCCAAGAGAUCUAUCAGAAAGUUUAUGAGCAACGUUACCAGGAUCCUGUUGGGGAAGAUUGCCCCUCCCACCUGCGGGAUGUCAUCAACCAGUGCCGGGCCUUUGAGCCUUCGCAACGUCCUUCUGCAGAAGAGAUUGUGGACUCGCUGAUAGACAUCUAUGGCAAGAUAAAUACAGCAAGCUAGCUGCAAGACACAAACACAAGGAGCCCCGUGAAGAAAGCAGCCAAGUGCGGUUAGGAGCAAAGCAUGGUCUGCUCCAUCCCUGUCUACCAUGACUCUCUAGCAUGAAGGUUGUCACACUUUUCCAGCUCUGUAGACUCUGCUUUUUUAAACAGCAUUUUGACCUGCCCUCCAACUUCGAGGGUGCAACUCUGAGCCUUUAAAGUUGUGCCUGCAAUUUUGCAUCUGCAAUUUACUGUGGACAUGGUUUAUAGCACUUAGAUGUCUCCCUUCCUGAGCAUGCUGCCAAGAUUAGAAAGCCAUUUCUAUUUCAUGUAGGGGGACCAGCCUAUCAUCCUGAAGGGAAGCUCCCUUAGCACUGUCAACAGGGUGGGGGGAGUCAAGGUGAGGCUGUGAUAGCUUGGGUGCUGGCUUUAGGUGGGGAACUAAUACUUAUGUGGAAAAUUGAGAGAGUUUGGCAAAUGGUGGUAGGCAUCAAGGUGCAGGCGCUUGUCCCAGCACUGCGGGGGGGGUUGUAGCUGGGGUAGGGAGCAGCCUAGGUAGGGGGGUCAGUUUAAAGCAGGGGUCUCAAACACAUGGCCCACAGGCCUAUUUCCUGCGGCCUACAUCCAGGCCAGGGGUGGGCAAACUACACCCACAGGAUUGUCCCCUCAAGCCCCGCGCUGGCUAGCAUCACGUCCCUGCAGCCGGGGGGAGGGGAGAAGCAGAAGGCUCCGUCCCUGUGUUGCCCUGGCUUCCAGGCACGCCACCCCCCAUCCCCUCCCCUGCAGCUCCCAUUGGCCAGGAACGGGGAACCACGGCCAAAGGGAGUUUGGGGGGAGGUACCUGGAGGAGCGGCAAGCAGUGUGCGCAGCCCUGCGUCCUCCCUCCCCCAGGGGCCGCAGGGACAUGGUUCCAGCUACUUCCCGGAGCCGAGCAUAGCGGGGCCGGGGCUGGAGCUGGCAGCCUGCCCUUGGCCCGGCCUGUGCUGAUGCCACCCCAGAGCCCUCCUGGACCCUGCCCCCCAACCCCCUGCCCUGGGCCCCCUGCUGCAUCACACACCUCUCCUGCACCCCAACCCCCUACC